AUGCUACAGCAGGCCAACGACAUUCGUACUUUCCGUAUUCAGUCAGCAUUGGAUAAGAUCAUCGCUAUUGAAUUGGUCGCCCUGCCGCCUGACAACAAGUCGCCAUUCGAUGUGAUCGAAUUGCUCAGACUCACCAAACUACAGACGAAAAAGGCGACAGCUGAAAUGAACGCCCUAAGCCUGAGCAUUUUUACCGCCUCAAAUGAAUAUUUGAACCUUCUUCUGCGUGAAUUCGACGCGUAUGUGGCUCAGUACAACUUGGAAGCCCGCAUUGUGGAGGAGAUGAAGAUUCGUCAUGCAAUGGCCGACACACAGGACAGCAGUGGUGAGUACUUCUGA